AUAUUUGUACCAUGUGACCUAAAUGACUCAGAUGACGAUUCUGACGGUGAUUCUAAUGACGAAUUUGAUGGUGAUUCUGAUGGUGAUUUUGCUGGUGAAUUUGAAGGUGUGAUAUCUAAAUAUGGGCGUAUUAUAUUAUCUUGA